AUGCAAUGGAAUGAGCGUUUUGUUGGUUUCGGAGAGAGGCAGGGCGGGCAGGGCAGACACGCCGUCUUGUUUCGGUCGAAGCAGGUAUUUAACUGGAUUUAUCAAAAAUUUCGUGUGGAAGGACAUUUGGACCAAGCUGAGACAUUGAAGUGGGUUUGGUCACAGAUUGUGAGACAUGGCAUGAAUCAGCAAAUACAAUAUACAUUCUCAUUGUUUCAACCAUUGAAGCCUCAAGGCCUGCAUCUGCAUUCUCCACUUACUGACCCUUUACGCCAGAGGUUCUGCAAGUUUGGAGUUUUCCAAGAUCUAGAUGAGUUAAAAGUCUAA